GAUUUUUGGAAAUUUGGGUUGGAAGGCCUCGCGGACUGGUAGUGGAACAUCAAGUCUUGUGUUUUACUCUCAGAGCUUACGGAACAGUCGGCGUUUGCUGUCGUGGUGUCCAACAUGCUCCCUCUGUUGCUACCAACAGUUGUAUCUUUAACAGUGCAAGUCCUGUCAGUUAGUGAAGACGAGUUGCUAAGAGUACAGCUCUCCUCCAGGAGGCGAUGCUAAAAUGUAGCCCGAAAGCAGAUGCCCUCCAGUGCCAGUAAUUUGUUGUUUUAGUAAACUGUUGUUCACCUGCGCGACAAGUGAUUUCAACUCUAGGACUCAAUCAAUGCAAUUUUUUGGGUCAAUAAUCUUCAAUGUGCUGAUUGAUUUAUUUUCGUGUUGUGUUGUGAAACUUGUUACAGUCUCGCCGAUCUGCACUCUUGCAUCUGUGAUCUGUCGUUGCUUAUUUACACCUGCAUCAGGACUCCCUCGAAACGAAGAGAUGAAACGUUUUGCGAAGAUGGUGCUGUGGCUGGAGUAGGGCGCUUUUAAGGGAGAACGAGGUGCAAGGGUUGGUGUUGCCCUUAAUCCUCGAAUUUACCCAACGCCAUCGCUGGCUACUAUGCAAAUUGCACACUGGAUCCGAGCCCUCGUUGCGGUGCUUGGCUUCGCCGCCGUUCUUCCAGUAAGUUGCAGCGAGCAUUUCAACAACACGCUCUUCGAUCGCAGCAAACGCAGCAUCCACAAACACCAUCACGACAGCUGGUACGACCACGACGUUCCGCUGCGGUUGCCCGGCAAGUUCUUGAACCACCGCGACAACCAAAUGCUGCUGCGGGAGGAAAGCAGCAGCGGCAACAACGGCAGCGAGUGCUGCCCUUCCGUCCUCGAAAUGAUCGAACCCCAAGGGGGCAAAAACAGGCAAGACCAAUUCGUCGAGUUGUACCGGGAUGGGGACUACACGCAGAGGUUCUACGAGCGGUCGUGUCAUAAGGACAUCUUGGGGAAGCCGUGCAGGUUCAUGGAUAAGAAACUGCACGAGCACUCCAAGUGCAUCCAGAAGUACAGCUACACGUACGCGCUGGUGAGGGACCUGGGGCGGCAUCAUAUGCAGAGGCCGAAGAAUUUCCCCUCGUUGGCGGCGCCAGGCGGCGCCACGUGGACUUUAGACUAUAUAAGGAUUAGAAGUGGUUGUGCUUGUGUAGUUACGCCUAAUAAGAAGAAGAGGGACAGGCUCAAACACCGGAAGACGAGAGUCAAAGACGAUACUAGUUAGACUUUUUUAGAAAUUUCGGUAUACCAAAGGACUUAGGUGUGCGUAAGUGGUUAGACAUUCCAUUCAUAGGCCGGUCCAAGUCGUGGCCUAUUACACUGUCCAACACCAAAAACCUUCUUUAGACAUUUUUCGACGCGAAAUGCAAAUUAAAAACCGGGUUUUAAUUUUUGUUAAGGUUUAUUGGGUUGUUUUCAAGUGUUUUCAUUAUCAUUUUCUGUUUCAGAAAAAAUUCAAAAGUAAUAGUUGUGUCUAUUAAUUCGUUCAUGCGAAAUUAAAAAAUAAGAGCCUUUCGUUUCAGUCGCUUUUGCAUUUUUGAGUAAUUACGUUUUUCAUUCAUCAUUUUACACAAUUUUCAGUCUGUACAAGUUACAGUUAUACCGUUAUCCAAGUAUAUUUCCAAAAUUUCACGUUUGAUUUUGUUAGAACAAUUUUUAUUACAACGGAACAAGAACUCACAAAAUUAGGUAAAAAAUUAUAUACCUACUAAUUCCCCUUUUUUCAAGCGUCUUAGCACAUUGUUUAGCCCGAAAAGUUUUUACAUUAUAUCAAUAGGUCCAUUUUUCAAUCAAACAAUCGAUUAUAUUAACAAAUUACCAUAAAAAUACCAAAAAUUCGUAUAACUGGACUGAAAUAUUGUAAUUUUAGCCGUUUUCAAGCGCUUGAAGAAGCACUUAAAAUAAAAAAAAAAAUUUUACCGAGAUUUUGUUAAAUUCUAAAGAAAAAUCAGUGAAUUAUGUCAAAAAUGACAUUUUUUCUCAGCUUUUUCGCACGUUGCCGAAGCAGAAAGAUAAUUAAUUUUAGUUUUUUUGGCUCAAUUAUAGUUUGGUAUUUAGAACCCUUUAUCGCAAUCUUCAAUUUCGGCUACUCAUCCACGUAUUUCACCUUCUGUAAAGCUGACCCUGUAUUCAUAAUAAAUAACAGUUUUAUGUUUUGCUUAAAUAAUUGUUGUAUUAUUUGCUAACUGACUAUUAGCCUGCAUUACAAAAUUCUGCAUAAAACAAUGAAUAGAACCAUUCACUUUUAAUCUUUUCCUGAACAGGAAAGUGCUAAUAAAAAUACUCAAACACAGCUAAGAAAAGUCAUUGCAUUCAGUACAACCUUUUUCGUCUAAAGGAGGGCAAAAAGUGAAAAUUUGUUGGACAGUGUCUCUUGCUCAUUGUUUUUCCUGAUAAUGCAAGACGGUUCAUUUUAUGAAGGAAUAAAAUAAGCCAUCGUGCAUCAGACCAGUAACGACUUCUUACGUAAGUUUAACGAAAACAGGACUAUCGUUGGUCACGCAGUUGGCCCCAUUUUUGACAUGUGAAUGCACUAGUCUACUCGUUAAAUAUUAAAAAUAAUAUACAACUCAUUGUAAAAAAAUGAAUGAAAGGUAAACCAUAAAAGGGUAAUUCGAGUUACAAAGUGGAAAUGAGUACCGCUACAACCGUAAACAACCUACACGCAUAUUAUAACAGUGUAUUUGUGUAUUUACGAACAGUAUUAAUAGAUUUUUAAUCUCUUGUCUCAAUACUCAAAAACAUAAUCACCAAUACUCGUCACUUCUUACAUAAUUUCUAGUAUUAAAUUAUUUAUGGUUACCUACUUUCAAAGUACUGAAAACGCUAGAUUUAGGAGAUAAUUUGCCGAAUAUCGUUUUUAUUGAAAUGUGAAACGGCUUAAAUUGUGUAAAUAGUAGCUAUUUAUUGCUUUUGUAUUUUUUAAACUAGUAUUACGAUUUUUUGCAUUUCAAUAAAACGUAUUAACUGUGUACCUCAGAAAUUAGUUUUAAAUUUUUAUAUUAUUUUAUUGAGAAAACUAUAUCGCCUCUACCCUUGUAUUUUCUGUCAAGUACUUAUGCUAAGUGUUAUAAUUGUUGAAAUAUUAAAUCUUGAAUAAUUAUGUACAUAUACUUAAUGAAAUAAAGCUGUGCAAAUAAACUAACAUUAACAUUCGAAA